GAUAAAGAAAUGCGAGGAGACGAAAAUAUGAGGAAAGAGGAUCGAUCAUUAGGAUUAAGUAACCAAUUUAGAAUACCCUUCUCUUCUCUUCUGUGGUCUCCUCGUGUGGGUCCCUUUCUGAAGAAGCAUCUCAUCUCUCUCCCUGUUUCCGCUCGCUCUCUUGGCGAGAUCUCUCCAGCCUCCUUUCUCUUCUCCGAUAUCCAGCUAUGGAUCUGGUGGCCCCAAUCGCCGUGCUCCUCGUCGCCGCAGCGGUGACCUUGGGGACGGAGGCCUCGAUCCAUGCCUACGACCUCGAGCCCUUCAGGGAGGUAGGGAACGCGCUCCUCCUCUCCGGCGGCAGCGAGGGCAUCGUCGCGUCCCGCCUCGACGCCCUUGGUCCCCUACGGAUCGGAGAUGGUCGGGCUUACAUCAAAUUUGAGAACAUAACAUUUUCAAGGAGCAAGGAAUCAGCUCAGCAACAUUCAAAGAUGGAGCACAGCACAGGAUUAGUCCAGGCAAUUAUAUUUGAUGCAGCUGAUCGUGAUAAUAUCGGUGGAUCUGCAUAUGGUGGACAGAGGUCCAUAUGUUGCACCCCUGAUCUUGCUAAGCUUGAAGGGUGCAAACAAGGUGAGGUCAUCAGAAGACCAUCUUCUGUGGAUCCAGAAUGGCCAGUUAUACUCAGUACACACUUCAAUGCAGAUUAUAUAUCCACAAAACUGGAUCCUAAUCAGGUUAAUAUAACAAAGACUGGAAUGUAUAACUUGUUCUUCAUCUCUUGCGAUCCUAAAUUAAGAGGACUUACAAUGAGUGGGAAGACAAUCUGGAAAAAUCCUGAUGGGUAUUUGCCCGGAAGGAUGUCAUCGUUGAUGAACUUCUACAUGUUCAUGUCUCUGGCCUAUUUGGUGCUCAGCUUCAUUUGGUUUUCUCAGUAUGUUAGGUUCUGGAGGGAUAUUUUACCUCUCCAGAAUUGCAUCUUGUCAGUGAUUGCUCUCGGCCUGUUUGAAAUGACUCUUUGGUACUUUGAGUACUUAAAUUUCAAUGUCACUGGUAUAAGACCUGUAGGAAUAACGACUUGGGUUGUCACUGUUGGAGCAGUCAGAAAGACCGUGUCACGUCUUCUUAUUCUGAUAGUUUCUAUGGGAUAUGGUGUUGUUCGGCCGACAUUGGGAGGUCUUACCUCAAAGGUGCUCUUGCUUGGAGUAACAUACUUUUUGGCAUCAGAGUUACUCAGCAUUACUGAAAAUGUUGGGGCAAUAAAUGACAUUUCAGGAAAAGCGAGACUGUUUCUUGUCCUUCCAAAUGCAUUUCUGGAUGCUUUCUUGAUUCUAUGGAUCUUUACUUCGCUUUCACGGACAUUAGAGAAGCUACAGGCUCGGAGGAGUACAGUUAAGCUAGAUAUAUACAGGAAGUUUACGAAUGCAUUGGCUGUUACGGUGAUUGCUUCGGUUGCUUGGAUAGGAUAUGAGGUUUAUUUCAAAGCUACAGAUCCUUUCAGCGAGCGAUGGCAGAGUGCGUGGAUCAUCACUGCCUUCUGGGACGUUCAAUCUUUGCUGCUUCUCUGCAUCAUGUGCUACUUGUGGGCGCCGUCCCAGAGCUCUCAAAGGUAUACUUAUUCCGGCGAAGCUGGCGAGGACGACGAAGAAGCCCAAGUUCUUACGAAAGGCACUCUGGACGCCAACAUUGGAUUGGUAAGGAUUGAUAGGAAAGAGAGGGGUGUGGAUGACGGAGACACAUUCACUCUUGAAGACAAUGUGGAAGAGGACAAGCAGUCGUAGCUUCCUUCUUCUUUUGUACAUCUACGCUGCAUCCGUCGGAGAAAUCCUCAGCGUCGGAGAAUGUCCACGAAGCCAAAUAUCAGACUCAUCGCAUGGAAGAUCGAUUUGUUCUUCGAGUGUGUUUGUUGCUUUUUUCGGUUACCGGCAUGCUGUGAAGAGUUGUUGAAAUAGGAUGGAACUUAAAAAUUGGAAACAUUAUGGUGUUAUUUUGAAGUUGUUGUACAGGUUGUUUAUUCAA